UCUAGAAGGGUACUUCAUAUUUCCUUUUUUUUGUCUCGAUAAAAAAAAACUUAGGGUUUGAUUUUCCUUUCUUACAAGUCUCUACACGUAGCUCGACUCUCUCUAGGGCUUAUAAAAUACACCGCAGUGCACUAACAAGUCACAUAAAGAAAAUAAACCAUAAAGAUUGAUCAAACGAAAACAUGCGACGUUACAGAAAGAAAGCAAAGAUUGAUCAUCAGACCAAACCAGACACGAAAUUCAUCAAGUCUCUAGGAAAGGGUGCGUACGGCUCCGUCGAUCUCUUCAGUUACAAAAAAGACGACGGCACAGCGUUCUACAACGCCGUGAAGACCUCCGACUCUGAGGAUUACAACUCUAUCGACAGAGAGUUUCGCGUCCUCACCGAACUCAGAGGAUGUCCUGGAGUCGUGCAAUCUUUUGGUAACUCUCUGCUUCAAGAAACCGAUUCCGAGGGAAAGAAAGUGUACAAGAUGGCCAUAGAGUACGCAGCUGGUGGUAACCUAACCGAGUUCAUCCGCGUAAACCGAAGAUUAUCGGAUUCGGUUAUCAAAGACUUCACUCGGAUGAUUCUACAAGGGUUGGUUUCGGUUCAUGGUCACGGUUACGUUCAUUGCGAUCUUAAACCGGCGAAUCUCCUUCUCUUCCCACGUUACGAUCAAGAAACGUGGUAUUGUUCGUACGAGUUAAAGAUUUCUGAUUACGGGUUGACGGUAAAGGCAGGAGAGGAGACUGUAUGUUGGGAGACAAGUUCCCCGUUUGUCGGAACGCCUCUCUACAUGUCGCCAGAGUCGGUCCGAGACGGUACCACCGUUGAGAAAACCCUAGAUUUGUGGUCGUUAGGCUGCGUGGUUCUGGAGAUGUAUAACGGUAAGCAUCCGUGGUUAGGGUCUGGUGUCGAUGAUAUCAAGGCUCGUUUAUUGGGUGGAAACGCACCGGAGAUCCCAGAGACUGUGCCGUGUGAUGCAAGGUUGUUUAUGGAGACGUGUUUCGCAAGGGAACAUGGAGAGAGAGGAAGCGCUUCGGAGUUGUUGUUGCAUCCGUUUUUGACCGGAGAGAGGAAGGUGGCUGAUGAAGCCGCCGGUGGAGUGAGGAGGAGGGUAGGGUUGAGAAUCAGAAAACCUCCGUCCAGGUUUGAAGAUACAAUUACAACACAUGGGCCGAAACAAAAGGCCCGUUUAAGAAAAGGCCCGCUAUAAAAAUUGACAUGAACUUAUGUAUACCUGGCUCAUUUUCCACGCA